CGGCCUUAAAGAAGAGGGAAAAUAUUUACAUAUAACCUAUCAGAAAACAGCUAUCAAAGUUGAGCUUGUAAAUAAAUAGAUCUAGAUUUAAACUAUCAAGUUUGAACUUCUACUCCAGGUGUGACUAAUUUCAGUUAAAAUAAUUUAUAUUAAACAAAAGUUUUUAGUUAUCUUGUUUCUCUGCCUGAAUUAAGAUGAGUGCGAUGCCGGUAAGCUCAUCCACCUUGCUACCAUUGGAACUAGUGGACAAAUGCAUUGGUUCCCGAAUUCAUAUUAUCAUGAAAAAUGACAAGGAAAUCGUCGGAACACUGCUGGGAUUUGACGACUUUGUAAACAUGCUCUUGGAAGAUGUGACAGAGUACGAAACAACCCCUGAAGGGAGACGAAUAACCAGAUUAGACCAAAUACUGUUGAACGGAAAUAAUAUUACCAUGCUAGUUCCUGGUGGAGACAUGCCCGAAUAACAUGCUGAUAUAAAUACAAAUAAUCUUUGAUAAGUACAUUAAUAGUUAGGUAAUUACACUUGUAAAGUAAUUAAACAAUUUUUUACGAAA